GACAGCUGCGGAAUGUAGAGCAGUGCAGCCGACCUGAGUCCACGUCCAUACCUGCUCCUCCUCCUCCUAAGGGCGUCGCUUCGACCCAACAUCUACAGGACUUCGAUCGCUGGGGCUGGCCCUUGCUCCUCGCCUCGACCUCGCCUCGACCGCGUCCCUGCCAGCGCAUUGCUGAAGACCGUAGCUGCCCGCCUGCAAUCAGAGAGAGACGAGAGACACGGCAUGAGAGCGGCUUAGGCAUACCGACAGGCCUUCCACUGCGCAUGAUGCGCCCUGCUCAUAACGCGAGACCACCAUGUCGUCGGCCGUAAAUCUUGGAGCAUGGCGCGAUCGUACGAACCUCUUCAUCUCAUAUCGCCAGUCAUACACGCAUCACCCCGCCAAACGAUCUCGUAUCACUGGAUCUGGCAAUGCACGCUUCGUCGAUACACCCAAUGACUCGGAGCGGGAGGGGCUCAUGUCCCAUCUGGACCACGAUGGAGACGCUGUGAUUGAAAUGGACAUUCUGCCUCCGCGGUGGCUGGACAUCCAGGACGAGGUGUCGCAGACGCUAUCGGAAAUCACGGGAAAGGUGAAGAGACUGGAUCAGAUGCACGCGAAACAUGUCCUGCCAGGUUUUGAUGAUGAGAGCGUGAAGGCCAAGGAGGAAAGGGAUAUCGAGAAUUUGACUCAGGACAUCACCAAAGACUUCAUCAUGUGUCGAAAUGCCAUACGGAGGAUUGAUAGACUGCAGCAGGAGCAACAUCAGUCUGGUGGCGUGAUAUCUGAUGCCGACGCGACCAUGGCUCAGAAUCUCAAAAUGUCCUUGGCAAGCCGCGUGGGGGAGGUCAGUACUCUGUUCCGCAAGAAGCAGUCUGCAUACUUGAAGAAGAUGCGCUCGCUGGGAGGCAUGAAUACGCUAUUGGACAGAGCUGGGACACCAAUGGCUCAGAAUCCUUACAACGAUCCAGCCAUGAUGGACUCGGAGACAGAUCGCUCGGCCGCCCAGUCAACGCUGUUGCAGACUGCACAAGUACGGCGACGUCCAGGAUUGAUGGACGCCCAGAUCGAUCAGCGGGAACGGGAGAUUGAGAAGAUCGCCCAGGGCGUGAUCGAUUUGUCCAACCUAUUCCAAGAGCUGAACACAAUGGUCAUAGACCAAGGAACCGUGCUAGAUCGUAUAGACUACAACGUGGAGCGCACGGCAGAGCACGUGAAAGAGGCCGAGAAAGAGCUCAAGGUCGCAACAGGGUACCAGAAGCGAAGCACCAAACGGAAGAUCAUUCUGCUGCUCGUGCUGAUUGUGGUGGGAGUUUUCAUUCUGCUACUCAUCAAGCCGAGGCGGAGUAGCUCGUUCACGCCGGCGCCUUCUGUAGGUGCGCCUAAGGCUCCUGUACCAAAUGAUCCUGGUGCUGGACUGCCACCCAGAGCGCACAGGAGGGCAGAUGCAGGCACCUUCACUCCAGGAGAGGCAGUAGCUCCGCGACACUCUGAAUGGAAGCGGCGGCGGCGGCGGCGACCUACUGAUGCAUAGAUACAGUAUCGUCCUUUGAGCGCAAGCAAACUGCAGUCAAGGUACCUCCUACCAUGCCUAUUUUCCCGGCCUGCAAGAGCACUCUUCUGUGCACUCAUCCCAAUCCUCAACGCCCGUACCGCCCGCAGAGUAC